AUGACGAGAUUCAGUUCACCUUUCAUAAAACAAACAUCAUUUGAAGUAGAAUAUGCACCAGCUUAUAUAACAAAAUGGAAAUCUCAAAGAACUGGGUUACAAAUAACUUAUAUCAAUCAACCUUCACCUAUAGUAAAUGGUUAUUUUGCAGUUGCAACAGAAAUAGAAAAUAAUUCUGGAUGUCCUCAUACUUUAGAACAUUUAAUAUUUAUGGGUUCAAAAAAAUAUCCAUAUAAAGGUUUAUUAGAUAGUUUAGGUAAUAGAUUAUAUUCACAAACUAAUGCAUGGACUGGAGUUGAUCAAACUGUAUAUACUUUAACAACAGCAGGUUGGGAUGGUUUUAAAACUUUAUUACCUAUAUAUUUAGAUCAUUUAUUUCAUCCUACAUUAACUGAUGAAGCACGUUUAACAGAAGUUUAUCAUGUUGAUGGAAAAGGGAAAGAAAAAGGAGUAGUAUUUAGUGAAAUGCAAGGAAUAGAAAGUCAAUCAUGGUUUGUAACUUUUAAAAAAAUGCAAGAAACUUUAUAUUCACCUAAAUCAGGUUAUUCAUCAGAAACUGGUGGAUUAAUGUCUGAAUUAAGAAAUUUAACAAAUGAUCAAAUAAAAGAAUUUCAUAAAUCAAUGUAUAGACCAGAUAAUUUAUGUGUUAUAAUAACGGGAUCAAUAGAUCAAGAUGAAUUAUUACAAAUAAUGACUGAAUUUGAUAAUGAAUUACCACCUAAAUCUAAUGAAACAAGUAGGAGGCCAUUUGUUGAUUCAAAACAUGAUGAACCACUUAAGGAAGAUAUAGUGAAAACGAUUGAAUUUCCAGAAAAAGAUGAAUCGACUGGAGAAGUUUUAAUUUCAUGGAUUGGUCCAGAGGGAAAUGAUUCAUUGAUAAAUACAGCCAUUGAUAUGAUUGGUGCUUAUUUCACAGAUGGUCCCAUAUCAUUAUUUAAUAAACAUUUAGUUGAAGUUGAAAAUCCAUUAGCUACUGAUAUAGAAUACACAACUGAUGAUUAUUAUAAAACAGCAUUAAAUUUCACAUGUAAUGGAGUUCCAACAGAUAAAUUAAAUGAAUUACAACUCAAAAUUAAAGAAUUAAUUCAAACUCAAACUAAUCCAGAUAAUAUGAAUUUAUUAUAUCUUAGACAAAUUAUAAAUCAACAAAGAUUAAAAUUUGUAUCUCAAACAGAAAAAUCAGCAUCAAGUUUUUCAAAUAUUGCAAUAUUAGAAUUUAUUUAUGGUAACCCUGAUGGUAGUGAUUUAUUAAAAUGGACUAAAGAUUUAAAAGAAUAUGAUGAAUUAUUAACAUGGACUUCGGAGCAAUGGAGUUCAUUAAUUAGGAAAUAUUUUAUUGAUAAUAAAUCUGCAACAAUUUUAGGUAAACCUUCAUCUAAAUUAAAUGAAUUUUUAAAAAAGGAAAAUAAAAAAUUCAAUAAACAAAUUAAACAAAAUUUAGGAGAAAAUGGAUUAAAUAAAUUAAAAAAUCAAUUAAUUGAAGCUCAAAAUUUUAAUGAUAGACCAAUACCAGAAGAAUUAUUGACUCAAUUUAUAAAACCUGAUCCUCUGAAAAUUUCAUUUAUAAAGACAAAAUCUUAUAAAGCAGGUAAAACAAAGGGAAUAGUAGAUAAAUCAACUAAUCAAUAUAUUGAAAAUGAUGAAUUUAGUGAAGUACUAGUGAAGGAUACACCUCCCAAUUUCCCAAUGUUUAUACAUUUUGAAAGUUUUAAAUCUCAAUUUUCAACUAUUCAAUUAGUUAUGUCAUCAACAAAAAUAAGACCUGAAUUAUUAAAAUAUAUGUCAAUAAUUGAAGAAAUUUUUUCAAUGUCUUUAAAAUUACCAAAUGGUAAAUACAUAUCUUAUGAACAAGUUAUAUCAGAUUUAAAUAGAGAUUUAUUGGAAUUUCAAUUAGAUAAUGGUUAUGAUUAUCAAUUUUUAGAAUUAAUUAGUAUAACAGUUAAAUUUGAAAAUCAAAAUUAUAAAAAGGCAAUUGAUUGGUUAUACAAGAUUAUAAAUUUUAUUGAAUUUGAAGAAUCAAGAAUUAAAAUUAUUAUUGAAAAAUUAUUAAAUUCAUUACCUGAUAAAAAAAGAAAUGGAGAAUUAAUGAUGUAUUCUUGUCAAUAUAGAAAAUUAUUUAAUAAUAAAUCAUUAAGAAAAGAACAAGAUUCAAUAAAUACUGAACUGUUUUAUAGAGAACUUUUAGAUAAAAUAAACAAUGGUGAAUUUUCACAAAUUAAAUCAGAUUUAGAAGAAAUUAAAACAAAUCUAUUUAAAUUAGAUAAUAUUAAAAUUAUUAUAUUAGGUAAUGCACCAGCUUUAGAAAAUCCAAUAAGUUCAUGGAAUCAAUUUAUAACUCCAAUAACUAAUCAAGAGCUAAAUAUUCAACCAUUUGCAAAUUUACCAAGAUCUUUUCAAUUUAAAUCUGAACAAGGUUUAAAAUGUAAUCAUGAAGCAUAUUUAAUAAAUAUUCCAGCAACUGAAUCAACUCAUUUGAUUUCUAUAACUUCAAUACCAACAGAUUAUUUAAAUGAUGAUAUUCCAAGAAUUUCUUUAGCUAUUGAAUUUUUAUGUGCUGUGGAGGGACCAUUUUGGAGAGCUAUAAGAGGUACAGGAUUAUCAUAUGGUGUUAAUAUAAAAAAAAAUUUAGAAACUGGAUUUUUAACAUUUUCAAUAUAUAGAGGAUCAGAUGCAAAACAAGCAUGGAUUGAAGCUGAAAAAAUUAUAAAAUCCUUUGUGGAUGAAACUAAUAAAAUAGAUUCAAUAGCUUUAGAAAGUUGUAUAGCAACUAUUAUAAAUGAAAUUGCAAAUAAUCAAGAAUCAAAUUAUGAAUCAGCUACAAGUAAAAUAAGUGAUAAUUUAUUUAAAUUAAGAGGUCCAAAUUUUAUUGAAAAUUACCUAAGACAAUUAAAUCAAUUAACGGCUGCUGAUAUUGUGUAUAUCUUGAAGAAAUAUUUUUUAAAUUUAUUUGAUUCUUCAAAAUCUGUUGUUUUCACAAGUUUACCAACUGAAAAAAUUGAAGAAAUUGGAGAAUUUUUUAAUGGGAAAGGUUAUAAUAUUAAUAUUGAAGAAAUUCAAGGAAUUGAAAAUAAUAAUGAAGAUGGAGAUGAAAAUGAAGGAAUGAGUGAGUCUGAAGAAGAAGAUGAUGAUGAUGAUGAGACUGGAAGUGAAGAAGAGUCAGAAACUGAUGAUUCAGAAGAUGAAGAAAAUGAAAAUGAAAUUAGAAAUGGAAGAUCAUAA